AUUAGCUUUCUAUACCUAGGGGUGGGUUUAGUUGGAUUGUUCCGACUUGGUCUCCCUUCACACAGAAAGGGGAAGCCGAGAAGAAACGUCGAAGGCAAGUAACCAGAUCGAUGCCGAGGCGGUGGCGGCGUCAUGCUCGCCACUUCCGUGUAUGUUCGUUCGAGUGUCGGUCGCGCAGCAGCAGCCCACGCCGCUCGAGUCGCUUAACGGAACGAGAGCGCGAGAGUAGAGCUAGCUCGCCCACUCGGAAUCAGACGUGCAUUUGCGUGUGAUUUUUGUGUCUAUCGGGGGUUGCAACACCAAUUUGGAGUUCUAAUAGCGUGCAGCGACCCUUCGUGGCCGGUAAGAGACUAACUGUGUGCUGCGUUUGGCUUGGUGCAGACGAACUAAACUCGGAGCAUCGUCAACGAGAAGAAAAACAGACGAUGAGCUCAUUCAAGAAGGAACACCCGUUUGAGAAGCGUCAAGCUGAGGCUCAGCGAAUCAGAUCCAAGUACCCCGACCGAAUUCCGGUGAUUUGUGAGAAGGCAGACCGAAGCGAUAUCCCGGAUAUUGACAAGAAGAAGUACCUGGUGCCUGCGGACCUGACAGUCGGUCAGUUCGUGUACGUGAUCAGAAAGCGCAUCAAACUGAGCCCCGAAAAGGCCAUCUUCAUCUUCAUCAACAACGUCCUCCCACCCACCGCUGCCUUGAUGUCGAACAUUUACGAAGAACAGAAAGACGUGGACGGCUUUCUCUACAUCACCUACAGUGGCGAGAACACUUUCGGUCAAUAGGCUGCACGUGCUAUCGGCGUGUGGGGACUGGAUUUUGGUUGAAGAUUUUUUUCGUCGUCGCUAUAGUAGAUAGCCAAUGUCGCGCAUUCGUGUUGAGACAGCGGUGUUGCUCUGUCGUCUUCAGUAGGGGCUAAUGGCAAAUGAAGCCGUGACUCUAUAACAAGCACGACAAGAAGUAUUUGCUGCCGUGUGGUCCAAUCUACUAGAGUUGGCGAUGUGGAUAUUCCUAGGAACAAAACCCAGAAAAAUGCAUUCAAUUCUAUUCACUCUCUAAUUGCG